AUUGAUAAUAAUAUUGUAUACACAUUUUCAAGUUAAAAGUUCGUAUAUCAACCCUUAAAAGAAAAUUAUGAAUUACUUAACAGUGGUCCUAAUUGUUGCAAUUGUUUGUUUUGCAAAUGCAGAAUUAACAGCGGAACAACAUGAGAGACUCAAAGAGUACAACAGAGAAUGCUCUGCUAAGUCCGGUGUUGGUCACGAUGUUAUUGCGCAAAUAAAGGAAGGACAAUUUCCGGACGAUGAAAAGUUCGAAAAUCACAUUAUAUGCCUUGCCAAAAAAAUCGGUUUCAUAAAUGACAGUGAAGAACUACAAACUCAAGUUAUUCGUGAAAAAAUGAAAUCAGUUUUUGAUGAUCAUGAGCUCACCGAAAUAAUUAAAACUUGUACAGAAGACAUGGAGACAGAUGAUGGAACGACUUUCGAAAAAAUUAAAUGUUUCCUUAAAAAAGCACCAAAAGAUUUCCUCGCCCCUUAAAAAUUUGAAUGAUUAUGUUUCCUACCAUUUUAUUUCGUAUAUUUUAUAUUAAUAAAUAUUAGAUUAAUAGUAUCUUAUCUUAUCACUAACAUCUUCAACCAUAAUUAACGUCAUAUGAUAUUAUAUUCUUGCUUUAAUACUAAUACUUCAGCUCUUGAAUCGAUUAUUGUCAACCCCCAACUUCUUUUUCAAUAAGUUUAAGUUUCUCGUCGAUUUACAAUCGGAGCUGAUUCAAGUACUUUGAAGAUUGAUUUUGAUGAAAAGAUAACAUAUUUUUCCGUCAGUAAGAGUUGAAUUAAUAAUUAUGAAAUAUUUCUGAUAUUAAAAAACUAAUUCUGAACUAUUGAUUUAAAACAACAGAUACCAAAGUAUGUAUUAAAAAUAUUGCAUAAGUU